AUGGCCGAAGAGAUUAAUGUUCAUUUAGUUCAGACGGUAAGUUGUUCCUCGACAUGUCCAGAUUUGCCUGUUUUGCAGUUAUUGCCCAAUCUCUCUCUGCAAACCAAUGUCAAAGUCCUUCGCGCGGUUCGUGAAGGCUCCGCUGUCACCGGCGUUGAGAUCGAGCUCACACCCUCCACGCGCCAGGUCAUCGAAUUGAAGACCGGCGGCGCAGUAAUCCUUGCUGCUGGCGCAUUUUUGACUCCUCGCCUUCUCUUUAAUUCUGGCAUCGGUCCUAAGGCUCAGAUCGAGACCGUCGCCUCUGGAACAACCCACAUCAACCUACCGCCACAAAACCAAUGGAUCCCGCUUCCUGUUGGUGAAAGCAUGAGGGACCAUCCAAUUUUCACUGUCAAUUUCAACGUCAGCACAGGUCUCAAAACACUUCCUCAGGAUGAUUGGCUGACGCCAAGUCAAGAAACAAUCGAUCUCUUCGCUAAAGGCAGUGGUCUACUUUCGCAGUCCGGGCAGCGCCUGGAUUUCUGGACAGGCGUGAAUAGCACGGACGGAAUCGUUCGAUACGUCCAGGGCACAGUCAAUGCGCCCAGUGACAACAUAGUCAGUAUGAAGGUCUAUCUUACCCACGGCCUAACGUCGGUCGGCGCGCUUGAUAUCAAUCACGCAGGUGCAACCACUAUCAUAACCCAGCCAUCUAUGAUCACAGAUGGCGAUCGUGAGGCAAUGCUGUCUUUCAUGACUACACUCAUUGAAUAUGCGAGCAAAUUUAACAGCUCACUGACUCUGCCGGUCAACACCACGGCAGAGAGUCUAACUCAGACAUUCCGCAGUGGGUCUCAUUUUGUCGGGACAGCUGUCAUGGGCGAGGAAGAUGACGGCAGCAGAGUCGUUGACACUGAUGCCCGCGUCUGGGGAACCGACAACUUGUAUGUCGUCGAUGCUAGCAUCCACCCCAAGUUACCCACUGGCAAUACGCAAGCCCCUGUCAUGGUUGUGGGGGAGCACGCCGUAUCAAAGAUCCUGGGCGUUAAGCCUAUCAAGUGUAAGACGAAGCGCAGUCAUAUGUUCAGAGACCGCCGUGAGGUUUUGAGCCGUUCGUAUUUGCACAGGAAGGCAUCGAUUCACCACUGA